GGCAGAGGGCCGAGAAGAGCAGCGAGUGAGGCUGGAUGGCUGUGUCCCCCACGCGCAAUCAGAGGUGCUGGACGUGGGCAGUGGUGCCGAGUGCCAAGCAGCGGGGUUGGUUACCAGGGCAAGGAGGUUGGGCAAGACGUCUUGCAGAGCAGCUGGGUGUGUGGGUUACCCCUGGACACUGGUUUAGGCUGCAUGUGGGUAAAGGGCGGAGUUCUAGCGGUGGCACUGGGGCAUGUACCAAUGCCAGCAAUGAUGACACGCAUGCUAGGAAGAAACUGGCCUCUGCAGCCAGGGGUGGAGUCUCACAUCUGUGGCACCAGCCCCCAAGGACUAUAUUCGGGUGGUUGGUCUGAACUGGACUAACUGCAUUUCCGACUCUGCUCAGAGACACUGCCACCAAAGCAACGGAUCAGAACCCUCGCACUGCAACCAUGUUCGGGAGCGGCCUUCUCACGCUGGCAGGCAUGGGCAUCGGGACAGGAGUCGCCGUCGUCGGAGCCCCCGUUGCACUCUGGGCAGUAGGCUUUACUGGGGCAGGCAUCGCAGCUGGGUCGAUUGCGGCCAAGAUGAUGUCAGCGGCUGCCAUAGCCAAUGGCGGGGGGGUGGCCGCGGGAAGCCUUGUGGCCGUGCUGCAAUCCGUGGGUGUCACAGGUCUCCCUGCUGCUGCCCAAGCUGUGUUGGUAGGUGCUGGGGCAGUAGUCGGAGCCUUAAUUUGAAGCGACAGCUGCCCCUGUGCACUCUGGAAGUCACACCAACUUCUGCGGCUGCCCCUUCCAGCUAAUCCUGCAAGUAGCAAGCUAGAGAAACGGCUUCAUAGUGGAACGUGCCAAACCAGUGUGGCCUAUAGAAAUGGCUUUUGCCCAUCUGUCGCUUGUUCUGCCUUCUCAACCACCAGGGUCGAGUGCUGUGGGGUUUAAUGGCUGAAUUCCUGCUCUUGGCUUAAAUGUGACAAAUCAAUAAACUCCUGCAAAUGCAAAAGCGCUAAGUUAUUACAUCU